AUGUCCAUCAUCCAGCAGCACACGAGCGCCACGCUCAGCGACGCAUGGCGAAUCAUCAAGAUCGACGCGUACAACGAAGAUUCCAGCGUCAACUUUGACACCUCGACGCUGCACCCGCCGCAGCCCGAGAUCAGCGAGGCCGAGGUGCGCCAGCUAUCCGGACAAGUCCGGCAGUUGCUGAGGGGAGGCGACGCCGAGGGCGCCCUGAGGGGAUGCCUAGAGACGCCCGUGUACAACGGCAGCGAGGCCGCAAAGACCAUCAUCGAGGUCUUGCAGUCCAUCAAGGCGAGCGACAUGAGCCCUCUGCUCAAGAGCGUCUACGAAUCACCGGGCGGCAGCGAGAGUCUCGACGUUCUCAUGAAGUACAUUUACAAGGGAAUGGCGGCGGGCCAGCCCAAGCCAGCGUCCAGAGUCACGCCGCAGUCUACCGGCGGGUUCGGCGCUCGCCCCGGCGCCUCCAACGAGCCGGCGGCCGCGGCCAUGAGCGUCCUGCUCAGCUGGCAUGAGAAGCUGGUUGACGUCGCGGGGCUGGGAUGCAUUGGCCGGACCAUGACGGAUUGGAGGAGAGUGUGA